AUGCACGACCCGGUGGGCCGUUGGUCCGACACCAGCAGCAUAUCGGCGAACCAAGUCGAGUCUUUUCGAGGCCGUCCUCCUUCUCGUCCGAGGACUUCAUCGGUGCUGCCAUACAGAUACUUCUCAAUACCACCGAUUUCUCGUUUUUCCACGACCCCUCCUCGCGUCAACACCCGGUCAGGCUCCGCCGCCAUCAUGUCGCCCAUGUAUCUAGAGGACAAGCUUAACAUUGACCGGGUCGCCGUCAUCGGCGCCGGGCCGUGCGGUCUGGCCGCCGCAAAGUACUUAUUAGCGGAGAAGAAGUUCUCCAAAGUCCAAAUAUUUGAGCAGAGAGAUACCGUCGGCGGCCUCUGGACAUACAGCUCCUUGAACGUCAUUGACGGUGACUUCAGCAUUCCCAGGACACAGCCUACCGAGAACCCGGACACGGCCAUCGCCGUCGACGGGCACGAUGCCAAGCAGUUCGUCUCUCCAGUGUACGACUACCUGGAGACGAAUAUCCCCCACACCCUCAUGAACUACUCGGAUACAAAGUUUCCCUCAGACGCCUCGCUUUUCCCUUCCCAUCAAACGGUGAAGAAGUAUCUGGAAGACUACGCCAAGGAGCUGAAGCCCAUCAUCUCUCUGUCGACGCAAAUCCUGUCAGUCAGGAAAUCGUCGAGCGACAAGGAGGUCUACUGGGAGAUCGAGAGCCGGGACCUCAAGACAGAUGAGACGAGCAAGGCGCGGUUCGAUGCUGUCUUCGUCGCGAGCGGACACUACAACGACCCCUUCAUCCCUGACAUCCCAGGCCUUGCCGACUUCGACAAAGCACACCCGGGCUCCAUUUCACACUCAAAGUUCUACAUGAAUGCCGCGCACUACGAGGGAAAGAAAGUCAUCAUCGUCGGCAACUCAGCCUCCGGCAUCGACCUAAGCGCCCAAAUCUCAACAGUCUGCAAGCUCCCCAUCAUCGUCUCUGAAAAGACAGUCCCCAACACCCCCGCCGAAGACCGCUCCUCGUGGGCAAAAUCGGCCCCAGAAAUCCUCGAAUUCAUCCCCGAAACCCGCCAAGUCCGCUUCGCCAACGGCGUAGUCGAAUCGGACAUUGACAGCGUCGUCUUUUGCACGGGCUACUUUUACAGCUUCCCCUUCCUCCGCAACCUCUCCCCGCCCGUCGUCACAGACGGCGCCUACGCCCGCAACCUCUACGAGCACCUCCUCUACAUUGACGACCCUACGCUCGCUUUCGCCGGUAUCCCGCAGCGCAUCGUCCCCUUCCCCGUCUCCGAGGGCCAGGCGGCGUACGUUGCGCGCGCCUGGGCGGAUCGUCUGCGUCUGCCGAGCCUCUCCAAGAUGCGGGAGUGGGAGGCGCGGAUGCUGAAAGAAAAGGGGGAGGGAAAAAUACUGCAUAACCUGGCGUUCCCCAAGGACCUGGAGUACAUCAACAUGCUUCACGCGCGUAGCUUGGAGGCGGAGAAUAGGCCCGCCUUGCUGGAGAAUGAUGGCGUGGGGAAGAUGCCGCCAUUCUGGGACGAUGAGAAGCGGUGGACGAGGGAGCGGUUUCCUUUGAUCAAGAUUGCGUCGAGGAAGUUGGGGGAGAAGAGGCAUGAGGUUACGACGUUGGAGGAACUCGGGUUUGAUUACAAGGCUUGGAAGGCUGGGCUGGACGAGGAGGGGAAGCUGCUAUGA